CUAUGGUGUGCGCAGGGCAUAUUGGUGAGCAAGCAGCCACGAGACCAGGUUGGGGCUGCUGUUGAUGGUUUCAGAAGCCUUGUGGGACUUUUUCUUUUGUUUUUGCUCAGACUGUUGUCAAACUUGCUGUGCUGCCCAGGCUGGCCUUGAGCUAGCAAUCCGCCUGCCUCAGCCUCUCUAGUGCUGGGAUUAUAAGUGUGGGCCAUCAUGCCCACCUCCUUGUAGGGUUUGUACGAGGAACAAUGCAACAGUGUUGGAUGGCAGCUUGGGACGACACCACCCAUCCUCUGUUGGUACAGUGUAUGCCUCUCCCGUCACCAGUGAGUUACCUGUGACGGGGGCUGAGGGGCCCAAGGUUAGCAGCUCACUGUGCUCCUCUCUAGGCUGACAGCCCUGUCCCCAGCCUGAGGCUGUUCUGGGAGCCGCCCUGCCCUGGCCUGGGUGUGUGGUGCUGAGAGGGUGGUUGGGGUGUGUUUGUGUGUCUGGUGUCCAGGCAACGGCCACAGCCUCAAGAUGCGCAGACUUCCUCUCUUCCCCCUGCUGCCUCCCCACACCCCGCAGCGGCGGCCUGGAUGAUUUACUGGGCUGGGCAGCCGCUGUGCACCAGAGGUCAUGGGGCAUUUGAAUUUGUUCGGCAAAUACAGGUUGAAGGCGCCAUGUUUUGGAAGUUUGACCUGCACACAAGCUCGCACCUGGACACGCUGCUGGAGCGGGAGGACCUGAGCCUGCCCGAGCUGCUAGAUGAGGAGGACGUGCUGCAGGAGUGCAAGGUUGUCAACCGAAAGCUGCUGGACUUCCUGCUGCAGCCACCGCACCUGCAGGCCAUGGUGGCCUGGGUCACCCAGGAGCCUCCGGCCAGUGGUGAGGAGCGGCUGCGCUACAAGUACCCCAGUGUGGCCUGUGAGAUCCUCACCUCAGACGUGCCCCAGAUUAACGAUGCCCUGGGUGCAGACGAGUCCCUCCUGAACCGGCUCUAUGGCUUCCUGCAGAGCAGCGACAGCCUCAACCCGCUGCUGGCCAGCUUCUUCAGCAAGGUCAUGGGCAUCCUCAUCAACCGCAAGACAGACCAGCUCGUGUCUUUCCUGCGCAAGAAGGACGACUUUGUGGACCUGCUGCUGCGGCACAUCGGCACCUCAGCCAUCAUGGACCUCCUGCUGCGCCUGCUUACCUGUGUGGAGCGGCCCCAGCUGCGGCAGGAUGUUUUCACUUGGCUCAAUGAGGAGAAGAUCGUCCAGCGGCUGAUCGAGCAGAUCCACCCAUCAAAGGAUGACAAUCAACAUUCCAACGCGUCUCAGUCUCUGUGUGACAUCAUUCGCUUGAGCCGGGAACAGAUGAUGCAAGGCCAGGACAGCCCGGAGCCCGACCAGCUGCUGGCCACUCUGGAGAAGCAGGAGACCAUUGAGCAGCUGCUGAGCAACAUGUUCGAGGGGGAGCCGAGCCAGUCUGUCCUGGUCAGCGGGAUCCAGGUGCUGCUCACUCUCCUGGAGCCCAGGCGGCCCAGGUCGGAGUCCGUGACCAUGAGCAACUUCUUCAGCAGCGUGGACGGGCAGCUGGAGCUCCUGGCCCAGGGGGCCCUGGAUAGUGCUGUGUCCAGCAUGGGCGCCCUGCAUGCCCUGCGCCCACAGCUUGCCCACUUCCACCAGCUCCUGCUCGAGCCUCUUCAGCUGGAGCCACUGCAGAUGACGUGGGGCAGCCUGGCCCCGCCCCUGGGGAACACGCGGCUGCAUGUGGUCAAGCUCCUGGCCAGCGCCCUGAGUGCCAAUGAUGCCGCCCUAACACAGGAGCUCCUGGCGCUGGACGUCCCCAACACCAUGCUGGACCUCUUCUUCCACUAUGUGUUCAACAAUUUCCUGCACACGCAAGUGGAGGUGUGUGUGAGCACCAUGCUGAGCUUGGGCCCCCCUCCCAACAGCAGCUCUGAGACACCAGGCCGGAACCCUGUGCUGAAACAUCUGCUGCAGCACUGCCGCCUGGUGGAGCGGAUCCUUACGUCCUGGGAGGAGAACGACCGUGUCCAGUCUGGAGGUGGCCCAAGGAAGGGCUACAUGGGCCAUUUGACCCGGGUGGCCAAUGCCUUGGUGCAGAAUGCGGAGCAGGGGCCGAACGCUGAGCAGCUGGGGCAGCUGCUGAAGGAGCUGCCAGGUGAGCAGCUGGAGCGAUGGGAAGUGUUUGUGUCAGGACCCCUAGCCGAGACCAACAAGAAGAACACCGUGGACCUGGUGAACACCCAUCACCUGCACUCCUCUAGCGAUGAUGAGGACGACCGGCUCAAGGAGUUCAACUUCCCCGAGGAGGCCGUGCUGCAGCAGGCCUUCAUGGACUUCCAGAUGCAACGCAUGACCUCCGCCUUCAUUGACCACUUCGGCUUUAACGACGAGGAGUUUGGGGAGCAGGAGGAAAGUGUGAAUGCCCCUUUCGACAAGACAGCCAACAUCACCUUCUCCCUCAACGCUGAUGACGAGAAUCCCAAUGCCAACCUGCUCGAGAUCUGCUACAAGGACCGCAUCCAGCAGUUCGACGACGACGAGGAGGAAGAGGAUGAGGAGGGCCACGGCUCCGGGGAGUCAGAUGGAGAGUAUGGAGCCUGGCAGGGCAGCCAGCUGACCAGGGCAGCCCGCUUGGGCCACCCCCCCGGGGUGCGGAGUGCAGGCAGCACUGACAGUGAGGAGGAGGAGGACGAGGACGAGGACGAGGAGGAAGAGGAGGGCGGUGGCCCCUCCAUCCCCAGCUCUGGGCCUCAGCCUCCUGGCCCGAGCUGGACAGCUACCUUCGCACCAGUGCCUGUGGACGCCCUGCCAGGCCCCUGCGACUCCAGGGCGGCGGAGCUGCUGCCCCCUGCCCAGAGCCCGACCAGCCCUCCGACCCCUGAUGCCCGGCAGCUCAGGUCUCAGGAUCCCGUUCCCCCCUCAGCACCUCAGAUGGCCGCAGAUGGCAGCAAAGUUGCAAACGGCAGCAAGCCUCCAGAUGGCAGCAAAGUAGCAGAGCCCUCUGGUGAGCCCCCCUGCGCCCGCCCUCCAAAGGCCCCAGCCCCCGGCCAGGCCCUGGUCAGUGUUGAGGCCCUCCAGGCCGCCCUGCGUGGGGUGUGCUCUGCCCCCAGCUCAGUGGACAGUGCGACCAGAGACUCCUCUACCUCUGUCCCCCCCUCUGGGGCCCUGCAACCCCCUCAGACCAAGGAUGGGGAGAAGAACCCAGAGCCCGUGGGGCUUCCUCCAAGCCAGAGUGCCCAGGCCCUUGAGCUGCCUCCGAUGCCCAGUGGUGUGGCCCCAGUAGCGCCCCUCUCCCCGGGCCCCCAGUAGCUGCCCGGGGGCUGUGGUGGCCUGAUCCUCCAUCCUCCCCGAGGACUGGGGGGCAGGGUGUGUCCCUUGUGGGUCCUUUGCUCCCCACACCUGUCCCCCGUGCUCCUCUGGACUCCUGGAGGCUGUGCCAGGGCGAGGCCCCGCCCUGCCCCGUUUGCACUGAGGAGAGAAUGUGGAGCUUGCCUCCUAGAAUAAAGAGUGCCGUAGAAAGAGGAGAGACGUAUAUCAUAUAUGUACGAGGGGGGGCGGGGAGGCACCAGAGUACGGUGCCGUCCCAGGGGAGCUGCACUGGGUCCGGGCCCCGGCACACACUGUCCUUUGGCCGCUGCAGACGCCGCGCCCAGCCUUCUGCUCAGGUCCACCGUGGGUGGGUGACGGGCCAGUGGGCGGUGCCUUCACCCAGACCUGCACUCACCGGGCAUCUAGCUCUGGGAAGCCAGCCCCCUUUACCUCUCCAGGGGCCCCAUCUGAUUGGCUGGGCCCUUUCCCAGGGCCUGGGGUCCUAGCCCCACUGCCAAGUGGCCUUGUCCCAGCUCCCUCCCCCAUGAUGGCGUGAGUGUGUGUUCGUGCGAGCUUGUUUCAUAUUGCAAAUAUAAAUAAAGGAAGACGGUUUACGA